AUGGACAAGAUAUUUCAGGUAAUGAGGUACCAGGAUCCCCAGAAAUUGAUGUACUCUGUAUAUAUGCUAGAGGGUGAUGCCCACGAAUGGUGGUGCAAUGCAUCUCGCCCGUUUGUUAUUCAGGGGGAGGAGCUGACGUGGGAUUUAUUUGAAGGUUUAUUUCAUGAAGAAUAUUUUCCCAGCGAUGUCCGGGAAGCUAAACAGGGAGAAUUUGACAAGCUAGUGCAGGGUUCCAUGACAAUUGAUGCUUACUUGGCCAAAUUCAAUGAAUUGGUCAAGUUUGCCAAUUAUGGGGGUAUUAUGCCUACUCCUGAAUUUUUAUCUGCUAAAUUCCAAAGAGAACUAAGUGAAAAGAUUGCAAAGAUAAUGUCGAAUACUGUUGUGAGAAAUUUUGCUGAUCUGGUGACCCAGUGUAAGAGGGUCAAGACUGUUUAUGGCAGAUAUCCAAAAUCCAAUACUGCAAAAGAUCAAGAAGUUGGGCAUUUUGCCAGGGAAUGUUAUAGCAAUAUUGGGCAGGCUGUGAAUCUGCAGGCCUUGCCACCUGUUCCUACUGUGGGACGUGUGUACACUACCAAUGUGCAGCAGACAGAGAAGGCACUGAAUCUUGUGAAAGGUAUAAUUUUCAUCUCUAAUAAUGAUUUAUUUGUGUUGUUUGAUUCGGGAGCGACGCAUUCGUUCGUGGCGGAAUAUGUUGCUUAG